AUGCAGAUUCUACACUUUGAUAUCAAGCCGCACAACAUCCUUCUUGACACCAAUUUUUUCCCAAAAAUUGCUGAUUUUGGCCUUGCCAAGCUAUACCCAAGGGACAACAGUUUUGUGCCGUUGAGCGCCCUAUGGGGAACAAUCGGGUACAUAGCUCCUGAGAUGAUAUCCCGGAGCUUUGGCGUCAUAUCCAGCAAGUCUGAUGUUUACAGCUUCGGGAUGUUGCUGUUGGAGAUGGCUGGAGGACGCAGGAACGCUGACCCGAACGCGGCAAACUCAAGCCAGGCAUUCUACCCAUCAUGGGUGUUUGACCGGCUAACUAAACAUGAACCGGGUGAGAUAUCUGCUGAGAUGCAUGAAUUGGAGAGGAAGUUGUGCCUUGUUGGUCUGUGUUGCAUCCAAAUGAAGUCCCACGAUCGGCCUGAGAUGAGCGAAGUCAUAGAGAUGCUCGAAGGGAGCGUUGAUAGCGUGCCGGUGCCUUCAAGGCCAUUCUUCUGUGACGAUGAGCACAGCCCUGUAGUGGAGCCUUACCAUUUCCUCUCUGAGCUGACUACCAUUUCGGAGGAGGGUGAGUGA